AGCAGGAGUUAUAAAGCAUUAGGCGUGCAUUCUGAUGGUUUUAGUUUUCAUUCCUGCAGCACGGCUGCUCAGAUUAAGAAUAUGUUCUGGAGAGAGAACGGACAAAUCUGAUGCAGUUUGUCCAAACUGAAAUGACACUUUAAUUGGAUUUUCCUCCAUGCUGCAUGAAGAUCUGAUGACCUGAUGACUUUUGCGCGGAGAUGCGUUCUUGCCUUUCAUCUCCUUAGGCAUGUCAUACACUGAGUUUGGCUACUCAUAUUCAGCACCUCCCCAGAUCCUGUUAUCCUCGAAUACUCUGGGAUCCUGCUACGAGUCAGGGAGGGACUCUCCAUUCAAUUCUGCGCAGACCUCUCUCUACUGCCCGGUGUACGAGGGAGCUUUGGUGACAUCAGCCAGACACGACCUCAACUCUGCAUAUGAGAAUGGAUAUACGAAAGAUCACGGGACAUACUGUUCUUAUUCGUAUAGAACGGAUUCAGCAUGCCUGUAUUCCCUGGGUAAGAUCCAAGAGAUAGAGGAACCAGGAACGGCAAAUGCAAAGAUCUCACAUGGCUCGACUUAUUUUUCGUACAAUCACCCAUUUGGAUACCAAUACGACUCAUAUGGGUAUGGAUCUGUGGAUGUUAACACCAGAAGGAAGAAUGCAACCAGAGAGACCACUAGCACCCUGAAAGCCUGGCUUCAGGAGCACAAAAAGAACCCGUACCCUACUAAAGGAGAGAAAAUCAUGCUGGCUAUAAUCACCAAAAUGACCUUGACACAGGUGUCCACGUGGUUCGCCAAUGCGCGCCGGAGACUCAAGAAAGAGAACAAAAUGACAUGGUCCCCACGCAACAAGACCUCAGAGGAGAGAGGCUGCGAAGAGGAAGUGGAUAAUAUUGAAGACAACCCAAGGGUAGACGAUACAGAUCCAGCACAAAGUGAUUUGGAAGACCUCGACCUGAAUGAGUCAGAUGCCGAAUGUGACCCGAAAAUUUUGUUACCCAUGAGCACUCAUGCAAGAUCACAGGACUGUCCAGCUUAUCGACAAGGAGAACCUCUGCUACAUGCCUCGACCCCAGAUACAAGAUACAACCGUUGUGAUAAAACCUGCUUAGAAUCGAUGACUCAAGAAAGUCACUACAGUGAACAAGAUGACACCAAGUCCAAAAUUUGGUCCCUGGCACAGACAGCCACGUCAUUAAAUCAGGAAAAUUAUACAUCAUGCAUGCACAGGGGUCAAGGCACACGUUCAUCCUCUAUAGGCUGCCAUGUGGAUUUAGAGGACUCUCCAUUCACCAGCCUCAGAAACUGGGUGGACGGCAUGUUUCAUGAUCCACUCCUGCGGCAAAGCAACUUAAACCAGACUUUCUCCAAUUCUUCAAGUUUAUGGAUGUUGGAGAACAGAUUCCAUGAACUGACAGAUUCGGUUCCCUCACCCCAGCUCACAUGAUUAACCUGAAAUUAAACUAGUUGAACCAACAUGCUAUUUUAUUUAUUUGAAGGUAUGCAUUUAUUUAAAAAAAAAAACUACACUGCAGCACUAAAGCACAAAUGCAAUGCUAUUAAGAAAAAGCACAAACGCACAAUUAGGAAAUAUACAUUUGGAAAUAACGGUAGCUUUAGAAGAAAUUGUCACAUAUUCAGUUUAGGAAAAUGCACAUACUGUACAUACGUAUAUGGGAUUUUUUUAAUCUUUUGUCUUGUUGGCUGUCCAUGGUGCUGAAAAAAAAACAUUAUUUCUCUUAGCUUUUAUUUUUCAUUCUUUGUACUUCACAAGAGUGUGUAAAUUUGGCAUGCAAUCAUGAUGGUUAAAUAUAAACUAAUAAACUUAA